CGAUAAAAGGUCAGUAUAGCAACAAGAUCAAGCCGAAGGAGGUUGUGCAACAUGAGCCAGCUGUACGAAAAGAAGUGCGACUGUCGCCAAUACGAUCAAUCGGCUGAUAAUCGUUCAGCCCCAAUAAAAAUGGAUGUCGCAGCGUGUAAAGAUAAUCAACUGAAUAGCACAAGUCACAUUAUCUUCCGUGCACUCCGUUUCAUCGGUUAUGUCAUCGUCUUAAUACUUUCAAGCUACCUUUUAUGGCGUAUUCUAAUCACCGAAUUUAAUAUCCAGACGAUUGAUAUAUUCUUCAAUUAUACCAAGAAAUUUGAAAGUAGCAAUUAUUAUAAUCGCAGAGUGGCACGAUCGAUUAAGGCCAGCGCUAAUCCAGCCGAGCACAAUUCCUUUGAUUAUGGCGGAAAGGAAUUGGCUAGGGGAGCAAUGCUGACGUCAAAAAAUGAGAAUCCACAAUUAUGGAAAAAGAAGCCUGCCCCGAAGGAUAAUUUUGACGAGCUGAUGAAAGGAUUAUUCGAUAAAAUCUGGGAAAUGCAUAACGACACCGACAGAUCGCACUUCGACAAUAAUAUGAAGGCAGUGUUUCAAGCUUGGUUUCCGGUUUUUGACGCCCUAUUGCCCCAUGAAUUCAUGGAAAGCGAAUCAAUUAGGAAUAUCAGAUCAGCCGAUGAGAUUGGCAAUGGCUUUAGGCAAAGAGUCGAUCGUAAGAAACGAGAAGUUGAUAAACGCGAUAAAUCCCACAUGAGGCAACAUAAAAACUCCAUUCAAAUUACUCAGAAGCUUAAUGAGGAGCUAUUGAGAAGGAAAGCGGCACGUCAAGGUCGAUCGGUGGAAAAUAAUAGUGAAGAAACAUUGGAGUCUGUGGAAGAGCGAAAUCACCGGGUUAGGUAUAUUGUGGAUAAAAAUAAGAAAUUAUCAAAUGAGCCAAGUAAGCGAUAUUUAAUCAAACGGAGAAACAACGGGGAGUCGGCUGAAUCUUCAGAGUUUGAGAGGAAAAUGAAGAAUAAAGCUAAUAGUCGCUUAAUGUACCAAAUAGACUCACCGAAUCAAAAUGAUUAUACAAAUGAGGUGGCAUUUGGAUAAUGAAUAUUGGUCGAUAACGAUGACGAGAACGCGAAUGUACGAAAAAUGUUGUACAUUAUCGAAAUUCAUUGUAUGAUUGAUCUAUUUGUCAUUAUAAGUAACUUAAAGGGUGAUGAAUUUACAAUAAGAGAAUUACGUCAUAAUUUUCGCAUACCAUUAAUUUUGUAAUUAAUAAAAUUAUUAAUAUCAUA